AUGGACUAUGUUAUUUUUUCUGGAUUUGAACAUGAAUUGGUGCUUUUUCGUCUUGAGAGAGUUGCUGAAUGUGACCUUUUUCCGACGAGUGAGAUGAUGGUUGACGGAAGUGGAGGUGGUGUUGGUGAGCAGACGAUGGUAGGUGACGGUAGUGAUGGUGGCGUACGGUGGUGUCGGUGGCGGCUGAUGGUGGUUGUUGUGGCAGCAGAAUUGGGCAAUGCUAAUAAUCCGCAGGUGUUAGGAUUCAAUCCCCGUAUUGAAAUGGGCUCGCUAGAGGUGAAGUCAAUUAUCGAGCCACAUGAUCAGAGCACAUCCACUUCUGCAUCAACCAAUAGAAAUAUGCUUUCUAUGAAACAGUUUUCAGAAAAUUGUGACAAAAAACAACUAUGGUGUAAAGUGAUAACCAGCUUAAAGAUUGCUUUAUUCUCUAAUAAGAUUAAUUUACUUAUACCUUUUGGCCCCUUAGCUAUGCUUGUUGAUACCUUGACUGGUAAUCAUGGUUGGGUCUUCUUCUUGAGCUUAUUGGGCAUCAUACCAUUGGCAGAACGUUUGGGUUGGGCUACUGAGCAAUUGGCUUUCUACACUGGGCCUACAGUUGGGGGACUUCUGAAUGCUACUUUUGGCAAUGCAACAGAGUUGAUAAUAUCAAUGUACGCAAUGAAACAUGGUAUGCUACGUGUUGUGCAACAAUCAUUACUAGGGUCAAUUUUGUCAAACAUGCUGCUUGUUCUUGGAUGCGCGUUUUUCUGUGGAGGAAUCUUUCUUCCUAAAAAGGAACAGGUUUUUGACAAAUCGAAUGCUGUGAUGAGCUCAGGGUUGCUGUUAAUGGCAGUGAUGGGUCUGUUAUUCCCUGCUGUUCUUCACUUCACACACACUGAAUUGCAUUUUGGAAAGUCGGAAUUGGCCCUUUCAAGAUUUAGCAGUUGUGUAAUGCUUAUUGCAUAUGGGGCCUACCUGUUUUUUCAGUUGACUACACAGAAGAAUUCGUAUUCUCCGAUCACUGAGGAAGAUAGCCCAAAAGAAGACAAUUCAGAUGAUGAUGAUGAAGAAUCUCCUGAUAUUUCAAAGUAUGAAUGUGUUAUCUGGCUCAGCAUCUUGACACUCUUCAUUUCCAUUCUUUCAGAAUAUCUAGUGAACACCAUUGAGGGUGCUUCUGUUGCAAUGAAUAUCCCUAUAGCAUUUAUCAGUGUUAUCCUUCUUCCUAUUGUUGGAAAUGCAGCAGAACAUGCAAGUGCCAUCAUGUUUGCCAUGAAAGACAAGCUUGAUAUCUCUUUAGGAGUCGCAAUUGGCUCCUCAACACAAAUAUCUAUGUUUGCUAUUCCAUUUUGUGUGGUUGUUGGGUGGAUCAUGGGGCGUCCUUUGGACCUAAAUUUUCAACUUUUUGAGACAGCAACUCUUUUUAUAACAGUUCUGGUAGUGGCUUUCAUGUUGCAAGAUGGAACAUCGAAUUACUUCAAGGGAGUAAUGCUUGUGUUUUGCUAUUUGAUAGUUGCUGCAAGUUUCUUUGUACAUAUAGACCCUCUAUCUAUACAAGAUAAACCCUAAGUGAGAAGGGUGCUUUGAAUCAAUCAUCAAGAGUUUCAAGUCAAUUGUAUUAUGUUCUAGUUUGACUUUCCUUGAUGGCAUAUAGUUAUUAUUAUUGCAUACUGUAAAUUGUUACAGAAGAGAAUAAUGAUAAAGAUUUUGAACAA